AUUCAGACACAGGCUGUGUGUGUAGUUCUCCUGUCCGCUAGCCGGCGGUAGGAGCUGCUGUAGCUCUCUCCUCUUCUCCCUGAAGAACGAGGUGUUCAUGUUUUCAAACAGCAGCCGCGGAUCCACUUCUACACCAACCUGCACCCUCCCUCCCUCUCUCUCCCUGGAGGCGGUUGGUGGGGAUACAGCAACAACAAACAGCGGAGAUAACGGCACCAGUAUUGCUAACUGGCUCCAAAAACGGCUCCAAAAACCUUCCUGCGGGCGAUUAAUUCAGUUAAAUUAGAGCAACAUCUGUAGACGCUCUUUAGAUCGGAUCUGAGCUGAACAGUGGCCGCUGUUAGGCUAGUAAUCAGCAACCAGCUAGUUAGCUAGCUAACAUAACUAGCUUAGUGCAUUGGUUUAUUUUGACAGAUUCGACCAUCUACAGUAAAGUAGGUUAGUUAGCAUAGUUAGAUAGUCAGCUUUACAGUGGCGAAGACUGAGACUAUUAGCUUAACUAGCUAGCCAACGCUAUAGCUGUGAGUAAUUACUGUAUAACUACGCUAGCUAGUUAGCUAGUUAGGUUAACUAACUAUCUACAGCGUUAAAGCGCUAUAGCUAGGUUAGCUGCUGUAGCUGUAGGCCAGUUUCUCCUCGGGUAAAUUUAGUUGUCCAGGUUAGUUAGCUAAGCUAAGCUAGGUUAGUUAGUUAGAUGUGUAGAGAUGCUGGGCUCUGCUCAGUCGAGGCGCAGAGGAGCUCAGGACUUUGCUGCCUGCUAUGAUUCAGCUUGUGCUGCUCAAGGCUCGGCUCCAGUGCCCGCAGUCAAGUCCAGCUUAAGUCAAGGAGUUUUGGACUUUAAUGGAGAUGUUAUCAGUCUCUCAGACUGGACGCCUAUACUCUCAUCUCUGGUCAUAAACAAGCAUUUACACACUGUGACCAUCAGGAGCUCCUAUCUCAGCACACUGGGAUCACAGGCUUCUUCCAGCAAGGCUACCAGCAGAAAGAAGACCCCAGCGAUCCAUUCCAAGAGUAUGACCCUUCAGCUCUGCAAAGCUGUGCAGAGAUGCUUGUGUGCUUCACCCAGUCUAAAGACCCUCCAGCUUCAUGGGCUUCCGUUAAGAGAGAAAGACCUCAACAUACUCACAAAGGGUUUGUCUAAAAGUGCCUCCUUAGAGCACCUGUCUUUGGCACGCUGCCCUAUUGCAGAUGAUGGGCUUGAAGUUAUCUGUCAGAGUGUUAAGUACUCCUCGACAAUCAGGACUGUGGAUUUUACAUCUUGUAAUAUUACCUGGCAGGGUGCGGCGCACAUGGCAAACAUAAUCAAGCAUCAAGCAGUGAGGCGUCAUGGCACAGCAUGGGCGGAGUCUCUACGGUACAGAAAGGCAGAGUUUGAGGCGAUGAGUGGGCUACGCAGAAUCACACUUAAUGACAAUAUCCUAAUCGGGGACAGAGGAGUGGCAGCGAUUGCUGAGGAACUGGCAGAGGACUUGUGGGUCAAAGCGGUGGACCUUCAGCGUUGUGGGAUCUCUAAUGAAGGAGCUAAAGUCCUUGAGAAGAUGUUACAAUCUAACUCUACUCUCUGUGUUCUGGACAUCAGGAGGAAUCCACUAGUAGGUUUGCCUGGCACCUGUGUGGCAUUUGGCCCCGCCCAAGAUCGGUAUCGGCGAGCGGCCGAUCGAGAUAAGGGGUUGGUGAAGGCUGUAAUUAAGAAGGUGCUCAUGAACACGAAAGGCCAGGAUGCACAGUAUCUUUGGCUGAAGCCUCCAGCUAAGGAUGCACAUAACCAUUCAGGACAGAUGAUAAGGAGAAACACAGGAAGGGCUUCCUUUAGAGCUGGAUCUCGCCGGACUUCAUCAGUUACGUAUGGAUGGAGGCAACCUCGGCCUGGAUCCACUGGUUAUAUCCCGUGGCGCACAGCAGCACGAGCCACACUUCAGAGGGGUCUUCCACAUGGUGCAAUUACAGCAGAUCAGAGUUUUCAGAAUGCCUCCACUAUCCGAGUCACUCUGGAGUCAGAGAGCGAAUCAGAGUCUGAGGAAAGAGAAGAUGUGUUGCCAAGUGUGUGUGCACAGAGUCCUCAAGGAAAUAUAACCAGCAGGCAGUUCAGGCAUCUGCAGGCAGAAUUCAAGUGCCUAGAGGUGGAGCUGCAGGAAUGCAAACUCAGACUUGCGGAGGAGAGAAAUACAAUACUGAAAGCUAAUUCUCGCUUGGUUGAGCUGGAGUUGGAGAAUAGUCGUCUGCGCAGUCUGAAUCAGUCACUGUCUGAAGCCCAUAUCAGCCACUCUGUUCUGGAAGAUGAGCAUGUGCUGGACAGCAUUGAAUCUUCUUUUCAGAAGUUCCAUGCCUUUCUUGACCUUCUCAAAGAUGCUGGGCUUGGCCAGUUGGCAUCCAUGGCUGGUAUUGAGCAGUCAGACUUUGGUUGUCCUCAGCUCUCCUCCACACAGCAAAGGGGCCAGAGAGACCAGGGCGAUGUGCAGAGACAGGAUGAUGUUGCUAAAACAGACAACCCUGAAACAGCAUCAAGACUUCAGAUGAGCAGACCCUGCUCUAGAACUUCUGCUGCCUCCAAGCAUUCUCCUCAUGUUCAGUCACCACAGGAGCUUCCCUUCAACCCACCCAUUCACUCCAGCACCCCUCCUGCUCCACUGAGCCAACCUGAGGUUGCACAGCAGCAAUGGAGUUUCUCCCCACCCCAAACUAGUAUUCACAGAUUUUCUGGUUCUGAGAAAAGUCGGGACAGUGGAGGUUCCAAGGGAGGUUCAGGGAGUUCAGCAAGUAGCAUACACACAAGCAUACACAGCAGCAGAGUCUCCAAUUCUUACAGAGACGACUUCUCUGACGGGAGGGUUUCUCCUGCUCUGAGCUCCAGAUCUUCAACUGUCUCAAACGUUGAGAACCAGAGGAGUGCCACUGGGUUUGCUGGAUUAUAGAGCCCAGCUCCAUUUGUAAAAUGCAUUUAGACUGUGAGCUUCAAUGCUAAGUGCCAUUGUUUACUGAUGAUCGCAGUUUUUAAAGAAAUAAGAAAUGUCAGAAAAACUUAUUUUUCGCAAUAUAAGGCUUACCAUUUUAUAAGGCGCACUAUCAAUUAACUAUUUUCUGGUCGAUUUCCAUACAUAAGGCGCAUUUAAACAGACUCUAUGGAACUUCUAAUUUAGCAGGUCAGGUAAAGCUAAGCUAAGUAAACAAAACUGUAACAAAAAUACUUUCUUUUAAAGUGAAACGAGUGCUGGAUGUUCACCUAUACAGAUUUCUCUCCUGAAAACUGUUUAUUAGGCUGAGUAUAGUGCUUUCGUUUACAGUAGGCUUAGAUUCCCCAAUUUCUCCAGCAAUAAGGCUGCUAAGAAGCAUUAGCAGCGAGCCACUAGCAGUUAGCGGCUACUGCCACCCAGGAACACUACACUGAGUCACCCUAAGUGCUCCAGUAAGCCAGGGCAAUAUUAGCUAGUGGUUCGUCCCACGUAGCUUGUUUUAACACAGUAAACACGCAGACCACAGUCCGAUAUACUUACCUCUGAAUGACAAACGUUGUAGCGCAGUUAGCGGCUAAUGCUAAUGCUGCUCCAGGUACAGUCCGAUAAUACUCACCUAUGAAUGGGGAAAUAGCGGCUAGCAGCUAAUGCUAAUACUACUCCAGCCUCGGUGCUGGAGAACUAAACUGAAACUCCUGUAAUACACUGUACUUCAGCGGAGUGGCUUUACUGCUCCUUACAACCUGACUGGUAAAAUUUAUACAUAAGACACACGGAUUAAAAGGCGCACUGACCAUUUUUGUGGAGAAUUAAAGGAGAUUUUAAGUGCGCUUUAUAGUGCAAAAAAAAUAUGCUAGUUCUGUUGGCUAUGCUGCUGUGUGCAAUUUUAGAAGGAGUCUUCUGUUGAGCAGAUGUAUGUCUUUAGACAUCUUUUAGUUGAUGUUUAAUAGUAUGGCAAGUCUUUUUGGUCUUAAAUGCCACCAGUAAUACAAAUGUAAAAUUUAUCUGUUUAAUUCUCAUAUUUAGGGUUUCUGUAAUGCAACCAAAUUUUCUCCCCAAUUUAGCUUAGCCAGUCAAUGUACCCACCCACUACGACCUCCACUUAUCACUUAAAAUGUUUCUAUGGCUGGGAGGGUCUGAACAAGUGCAUGCCUCCUCUGAUACACAUGAUGUCAUCUACCACAUCUUUUUUAACUGUUUCCAAUGCAGCAUUACUAGGCAUUCAACUCUGAAUGCUUUACAGAAAGCACUCUGAUGCAUUUUAACCACAGACCCCUGUAUCGGCCACCAUCACAAUGGUGGUGAUGAUGAGGAGGAGGAGGAGGAGGAGGAGGAGGAGAGAGGGACCACCAUCUACUAACCCAGAGAGAGCCGGGUCAAUUGUGCUCACUUAGGUACCUGUAGAAACCUGUAAAGGAUAUUUUUAUAGUCAUAUUGACAAGAUCACAUAUCUUUAAUUUCAUAUUGGCAAGGCAUAUCUAUAAAUUAAAUCUCUUCGAUUUUCAUUUGCACUAGUAAAUUGUUUUUUCGUGUGCCAUUUUGGGCUAAAACUGUUUGCCAAACAAGUGUUAAUUGUACUAAUUGAAAAGCCAUUUUAAAAGCCAUUUUUUCAGUCUACACUUUUAACUGUGUAAAAAAGCAGACUGAACGUGUUUGAAAUGUAAUUUACAUUUUCUGUAUAACAGAUUUUAAACGCAGGGUUUGUUUUAUUUAUUUUUUUAUUGCUGUUUUUUAAGUGUGAAAAAAAAUCGGUCACCCAGUUUGUAUCCUUUAUUAACUUUUCAUAGACUGUGAAAAUGAAUUUCUUGUGAAUAAAUGGAUAACAGAUACAAUAUGUUGCUUGCUUUCUUAAUUGAACAACAUUUACAUUGUAAGAAAUGUCCACAGAUUUAAAAAAAAAUGAUUCAAUCAGAGAGGCUUGGUGUAAAAUGAGGCUUUGAAAGAAAAUAACAGACUUGUUUUUUUACUCAAUCUUUUGGGUGACUUCAGUACUAAUUUACAAUGAAUGGAAAAAUAUAAGAAAAAAAAACAUUGAAUAACAAGGUGUGUCCAAACUUUUUACUAGUACUGUAUGCCAAUCUAGUACCUGUAUCCUCUUCCACAGACAUGCUUUUACACAUUACAGUGUGCGGCGUGUGGUUUUGCAUUGUCUGGUUGAAAAAUGUGUGGAUGUCCAAAUAAAAGAUGUUGUUCUUGGUCAA